UUAUUUUAAAUUUUCCGCACUUAUCGAUGUCCAGCUCUUGCCUCUAUAUAAAGCUAUGCCAAGCAUAUACAGCCAACUCUAUAAAACCCCAGUUAUGGCAAUCCAGGGGUCUUUGCUUUUGGCCAUAGCGUUUCUAGUACUUGGCUUUGGAUUUAGAAAUGGUAAGGCCAGUAAUACACCCCCUGCUCAAUAUGACACUGCUUUCCUCAACAGGACUAGUUUCCCAGCAGGUUUCAUAUUUGGGACAGCUUCAUCAUCUUACCAGUAUGAAGGUGCUGCUCAUUGUGGUGGCAGGGGACCAAGCAUAUGGGAUAACUAUACCCACAGAUAUCCUGAAAAGAUCAAGGAUGGCAGCAAUGGAGAUGUGGCUAGUGAUGAAUAUCACCGCUAUAAGGAAGAUGUGGGGAUUAUGAAGAACAUGGAGUUGGAUGCAUAUCGGUUCUCUAUCUCAUGGUCCAGAUUGUUACCAAAUGGAAAGCUAACUGGGGGCGUGAACAAGGAAGGAGUCAAAUACUACAACAAUCUCAUCAAUGAACUCUUACGCAAUGGUCUAAAGCCAUUUGUAACCCUCUUCCACUGGGAUCUUCCCCAGACUUUAGAAGAUGAAUAUGGCGGUUUCUUAAGCCCUCUCAUUGUCAAUCAUUUUAGGGACUAUGCAGAGCUUUGUUACAAGGAAUUUGGUGAUAGGGUAAAGCACUGGAUCACUUUUAAUGAGCCAUAUAGUUAUAGUGCUGGUGGUUAUGCAGUGGCAAUUUUGGCACCAGGACGCUGUUCUGAUUGGCAGGAACUAAAUUGCACCGGUGGGAAUUCGGGUACUGAACCAUACUUGGUGGCACACAACCAGCUCCUUGCUCAUACAGCUGCAGUAACAUUAUACAAGCAGAAAUAUCAGUCAUCUCAAAAGGGAUUGAUAGGGAUUACUCUAGUGUCAAACUGGUUUGUGCCGGUUUCUGAGGCAGAGCACCAUAAAAAUGCUGCACUAAGAGCUCUAGAUUAUAUGUUUGGAUGGUUUAUGGACCCCUUGACAAAUGGUGACUAUCCACACAGCAUGAGAUCUCUUGUUGGAAACCGAUUACCCAAAUUCACAAAGGAGCAAUCCAAGUUGCUAAUUGGAUCAUUUGAUUUUCUGGGAUUGAAUUACUACACAGCUAAUUAUGCAGCAGAUGCACCACACUAUAAUUCUGUCAAUGCAAGCUACUUGACAGACGCUCAUGCUACUCUUUCCUAUGUGCUUAAUGGAUUUCCCAUUGGACCAAAGGCUGCUUCGGAUUGGCUAUACGUUUAUCCCAGAGGAAUUCGAGAUCUUUUGCUCUACACGAAGACAAAGUAUAAUGAUCCACUCAUAUACGUUACUGAGAAUGGUAUUGAUGAGUUCAAUGAUCCCAAAUUAACACUUGAAGUAUCCCUGAACGACACCCAGAGAGUUGACUACUACUAUCGCCACCUCUAUUACCUUCAAAGAGCAAUCAAGGAUGGUGUGAAUGUUAAGGGAUACUUUGCAUGGUCAUUGCUAGACAACUUUGAAUGGAAUUCUGGUUACACUGUCCGAUUUGGUAUCAACUAUGUAGAUUACAAAAAUGGGCAGAAUAGGCACCCAAAACUUUCUGCACACUGGUUCAAACGUUUCCUCAAGAAAAGGUAAAGAAAUUUUGGAGAUGGAAAUGUUGUAAAACUUGUAAUUUUCAAUGUAGAUCACUUCCCUCUCUCUUUCUAUUUGUCCCUUGAUCAAUAAGGUAACUUACUAUUUUAUGUGUAGAGGAAAUAUAAACUUCUGUUGAGUAAUCAAAUUUCUUACGAAUAUUACUUCAUAUAAAAGGGCUGCAAUUAGUGAUCUUAUAUA